CUCCAGAAAAAUAUGGUUUUAUCUGUUUCUUUGCGGUUCUAAAUUUCCUUGGAAUUAGGAGAAAAGGUGAUAUAAAUUGAUGGCAAUCUGGACAGACGCACUUCUUUUUACAAGUCCAAUAAGGGAACAAUGCGUUGUUUUCCAGUUGUGUUGUUAUUCUGGGCUCUAUCCGUCACUGCACUCCCUCCUCUAUGGCAAGAGAACCAAUCACCUGAAGAGGACUAUCUAAAACGUAUUAAGGUUCAGGAAAACUUACCUUCAUCUGAGAACAAUGGUCAAUACCCUGGCAAUGCUCAAAGCCUGGACUCAGAGGUCUCACAGGAAUAUCUAGAACGUAUUCAGAGAAACGAACCUCCAGCUCAAAAUCCUAACGUUAUUCUACGCCGGGUGACACCUCAAUAUCCUGGUAUUGUUUUUCGCCGGGUGACACCACAAAAUCCUGGCCAUAUUCUACGCCUGGACCCAGAAGUCUUGCAGGAAUAUCUAGAACGUAUUCAGAGAAAUAAACCUCCACAAAACCCUGGCAUUCCUCGGUACUUGGACCCAAAUGCCUUCAAGGAAUAUCAAGGAUGUAUUAAUUGUAAAACUACUACGAUAGCAGCUCAAAAGCCUAACAUGAUUCUACGCCGGGUGACACCUCUAAAUCCUAACAUUAUUCUACGCCUGGACCCAGAAGUCUUGCAGAAAUAUCUAGAACGUAUUCAGAGAAACAAAUCUCCAUCUAAGAAACAAAUUCAAAAACCUGGUCUUCCUCGAAGCCUGGACCUAGAGAUCUUACAGGACUAUCUAGAUUGUAUCAAGAUCCAGAAAAAUGUAGCUGCACCUGAGAACAAUGGACUCCUGGACCCAAAAGACUAUCUAAAAUGUACUAAGUUUCAGAAAAGCAUGCCUCGCCCUAAAGGCGAUUCAGCAUAUAACAAAGGUCAAUAUCCGUCACCUGGUCGACGCCUAGACCCAGGGGUCUUACAAUUCAACAAAUUUAACCGUGGUUUCAUAAAGUUACAAAAUACAGUCCAGUUGCCCGCAGGUCCUUAUGGAAAAUAAAGGUCUAACU